AUGGCGGAAGCGAACCCAGAGCUCCAGUCCGCUUUACGGAACUUGGAUAGGGAAUACGAAGAGGGUGAUCUCACCGAGAAAGGGUACCAAAAACGUCGUACUCUUCUUCUCUCGCAGUUCCUCGGACCAAACAAACCGCUCGAGAUCAAUACUCACGGCCAUGAGGAUCCAUCGGAUGGAGGGCAGAUGGGACCCCCAGCGAUUCUGAGUGUCCGACCACCCACAGCAGAAUCUUCACAACAAGGCAUUUCUUCACCAACCUAUUCCGGCGGGUAUGAGGGCGCGCAAGGCGGAUCAUUCGGAUACAACCAUGGUGUCGGUAUGGAUAUGCACGAUCCGUCAUCGGUGCCAUCUGCACCUUAUGAUAGGGACAGCAUGGGCAUGUUACAGACACACGAUCGGAUGCCUUCUGCGGCGUCGCACGACUCGCUGUUUCUCCCCAAGCCUAUGCCCCCGGCCCCACAAGGCCCGGAUGGCUCGAGAACGGCCACUUUGAUGAGCCAGAACUAUGCCUUCAAUCCUGAUGCCCAACCUGAGUAUGUUGACGAUGGCAUGGAUAUGUAUGGCCCGGGAUCUGGUGGUGCCACGCGACAGUCAACAAUGCUUGACUCCCAGCAGGGAUUCUUCUCUGACUUUGCUGGCCAACAACACGAGGAUUACCGUGAGAGCUACCGCGAGAGCUACGGCGGUGGGUAUCAUCGUUACUCACAGUCAGGAGAAGCUUUCUCGCCCACAGCAAACAUGCCGCCGCCGUACAUUCCACCCUCAGAAUUGGCCCACGGGCCAGCCAUUGAACAUCUCAUGCCCCUUGAACCUCGAGAGAUCCCAUUUGCAGUGUACGAUCCACAUGACAAGAACAUACCUAUGUCAACCUUCGAAAAUCUUCCUGCCGUACUCCGCCACCGUGCUCGGACGCAUCCAAAGCAGCCAGCUUACUGGGUGUUGGACCUGAAGGGAAAGGAAAUUGCAUCUAUUACCUACGACAAACUGGCUAGCCGAGCAGAGAAGGUCGCUCAGGUGAUCCGGGACAAGAGUAACCUGUAUCGUGGGGAUCGUGUCGCCUUGAUCUAUCGUGAAGCCGAGAUCAUAGAAUUCGCCGUGGCUCUUAUGGGUUGCUUCAUUGCGGGAGUAGUUGCAGUCCCCAUUAACAGUCUUGAUGACUAUCAGUCUUUAAAUUUAGUUCUCACCUCGACUCAAGCUCAUUUAGCCUUGACUACUGAGAACAACCUGAAAGGCUUCCAGCGCGACAUUACCGCACAGAAGUUGAACUGGCCACGCGGGGUAGAAUGGUGGAAGACGAACGAAUUCGGAAGCUUUCACCCCAAGAAGAAGGAUGACACACCUCCCCUCGUCGUCCCUGACCUCGCAUAUAUCGAGUUUGCCCGGGCACCCACCGGCGAUAUGCGUGGUGUCGUGAUGAGCCAUCGAACCAUCAUGCACCAGAUGGCUUGCCUCAGUGCAAUCAUCUCCACAGUGCCUACCGAUGCCAGCGCCAGACAGUUUGCUGCCAAAGGAGAGACCAUCACAAGUUAUCUUGACCCAAGACAGGGGAUCGGAAUGAUUUUGGGAGUUCUUAUGACCGUGUAUGGUGGCCAUACAACUGUAUGGCACGAAGACCGGGCGGUCGAGACUCCUGGUUUAUAUGCCCACAUAAUCACUAAAUAUCGAGCGACAGUCAUGGCCGCCGACUACUCCGGCUUGAAGAUUGCCGCCUACAACUACCAACAAGACCCCAUGUCCACCAGACAUUACAAAAAGAAUUCUGAGCCCAAUUUUAGCAGCGUUAAGAUUUGUUUGAUCGACACUUUGACUCUUGACCCUGAGUUCCACGAAAUCUUGGCCGAUCGAUGGCUGCGACCGAUGAGAAACCCGCGGGCGAGAGAGAUUGUGGCUCCUAUGCUCUGUCUACCGGAGCAUGGUGGUAUGGUAAUUAGCAUGCGCGAUUGGGUGGGUGGUGAAGAGCGGAUGGGAUGUUCCUUGACUCACGAUAUGGAUCCCGCACAACGUGGUGGACCCAAGGACGAUGACGAGAAAGCAGAGAAAUCCGAGACAAACACUGGCUUUGGAAGCAGUCUUCUUGGGGGUGGCUCUCGCGUCUCUGCACCAAAGCAAACCACCAAGAACGAGUUGAGUGAGGUCCUUCUUGACAAGGAGGCUUUGAAGAGCAAUGAAGUAGUUGUUCUCGCCAUGGGCGAGGAUGCUCGAAAAUAUGCUCGAAGUAUGCCUCACGCUGUUCGUGUCGGGGCCUUCGGUUUCCCACUUCCCGAUGCGACACUCUCUGUUGUCGACCCGGAGACCAACCUCUUGUGCGUGCCGAACGUUAUUGGAGAGAUCUGGGUUGACUCGCCGUCACUUUCGGGAGGCUUCUGGGCACUGCCGAAGCAUACAGAGGCAAUAUUCCAUGCUAGACCAUACAAGUUCGAAGACGCCAACCCUACCCCCAUACUCGUUGAGCCCGAGUUCCUGCGAACUGGCUUGCUUGGCUGUGUCAUCGAAGGCAGGGUUUUCGUGCUCGGUCUAUAUGAAGAUCGACUUCGGCAGAAGGUUGAAUGGGUUGAGCAUGGUCAAGAGGUUGUCGAGCAUCGAUAUUUCUUUGUCCAGCACCUAGUUGUCAGCCUUCUGAAGAAAGUACCUAAAAUUCACGACUGCACCGCGUUCGAUGUAUUUGUCAACGAUGAGCAUCUGCCAGUCAUUGUCCUGGAGUCAUACGCUGCCUCAACGGCUCCUACAACGUCUGGUGGACCUCCACGACAACUGGACUCCGUACUUCUCGACUCAUUAGCUGAAAGAUGUAUGGAGGUGCUUUACCAUGAACAUCAUCUUCGUGUGUACUGUGUCUUGCUCACGGCCCCCAACAGCCUUCCUCGCGUGACUAAGAGCGGUCGACAAGAAAUUGGCAACAUGCUCUGCCGGAAAGAUUUCGAGGCCGGUAUGUUGCAGGCUGUGCACGUCAAAUUCGGCGUGGAACGAUCUGUAAUGAAUCUGCCUGUCGGUGUUGAUCCUGAAGGUGGGAUCUGGUCACCACUGGCACUUACCUCGAGACAAGAUAUUCUUGCCUAUCAGGAAAAGCAGUACUCAGGUGUGGACUAUCGGGAUGUUGUCAUGGAUGACCGAACUUCCACGCCUCUCAACAACUUCAAAACAAUCGUUGAUCUUCUCCAGUGGCGUGUCUCACGACAGGCUGAAGAGUUGGCAUACUGCUCGAUUGACGGUCGCGGCAAGGAGGGCAAGGGCAUCACUUGGAAGAAAUUUGACCUCAAGGUGUCAGCGGUGGCUACGUACCUCAAGAAUAAGGUCAAAGUACGACCAGGUGAUCAUCUGAUUUUGAUGUACACUCAUUCCGAAGAUUACAUAUACGCCGUUCAUGCUUGUCUGUGUUUAGGUGUUGUGGUCAUCCCGUUGGCUCCAAUCGACCAAAACCGCCUGUCUGAAGAUGCCCCGGCGUUCCUGCAUGUCAUCAACGACUUCAACGUUAAGGCCAUCAUCGUCAACACCGAAGUUGAUCAUGUCAUGAGACAGAAGCUUGUCUCACAGCAUAUCAAGCAGUCCGCGCAAGUUCUUCGAAUUGGUGUCCCGGCCAUCUACAACACGUCGAAGCCUUCCAAACAGUCCCACGGUUGCCGCGAGCUCGGAUACAUUUCGAAGGAUUCAUGGCUCCAGGGGCAACAGCCUGCUAUGGUGUGGACCUACUGGACCCCAGACCAACGGCGAGUAUCUGUCCAGAUUGGUCAUGAUACGAUCAUGGGAAUGUGUAAAGUGCAGAAAGAGACUUGUCAGAUGACAAGUUCCAGACCUGUACUUGGAAGUGUGCGCAGCACAUUAGGUCUUGGAUUUUUACACACUUGCUUGUUAGGUAUCUACGUUGGCGCACCCACAUAUCUGGUCUCACCUGUCGACUUCGCCCAAAAUCCCAUGACUUUAUUCGUGACGCUUUCCCGCUACAAGAUUAAGGACACCUAUGCAACCGCCCAGAUGCUGGACUACGCUACAAGUGCUAUGCCGGCUAAGGGAUUCCAGCUGCAAGAACUGAAGAACCUGAUGAUCUCGGCAGAGGGUCGGCCCCGUGCCGAUAUCUACCAAAAAACACGCUUGCAUUUUGCUACUGCCAGUUUGGAUCGUACCUCAAUCAAUGUUGUGUACUCGCAUGUGCUCAAUCCCAUGAUUGUCACUCGAUCUUACAUGUGCAUUGAGCCAAUUGAGCUCUGGCUGGACAUCCGUAGCCUUCGUCGCGGUCUAGUCUAUCCUGUCGACCCCGAUGCGGACCCCACUGCCCUUCUUGUCCAGGAUUCCGGAAUGGUACCUGUCAACACACAGAUUGCGAUUGUGAAUCCCGAGACUUGCACUCUUUCCCACGUGGGCGAGUAUGGUGAGAUCUGGGUGCAGUCCGAUGCCUGCGCUGCAGGGUUCUACAGGUCCAAGCAAGAACUCGAUGUCGAGAGAAUGAAUGGCCGGGUCGCUGAUGGAGACCCUGCCGUACCUUAUGUUCGUACUGGUGACCUGGGCUUCCUCCACACGGUGACCCGGCCCAUCGGACCCGGAGGUCAUGAUGUCGAGAUGCAAGUCCUCUUCGUCCUGGGAAGCAUUGGCGAGACAUUUGAGGUCAACGGUCUUAACCACUUCCCGAUGGAUAUUGAAAACUCCGUAGAGGCCUGCCACCGAAACAUCGUGAAUGGAGGAUCCGCCAUCUUCCAGGCGGGUGGCUUGAUUGUGGUCGUGGUUGAAGUCACCCGAAAGGCUUUCCUGGCGUCGCUUGUUCCUGUUAUCGUUGACGUCAUUCUGAAUGAGCACCAGGUGGUGGCGGAUAUCGUUGCUUUCGUCUCUGUAGGUGACUUCCCUCGUUCCCGGCUCGGUGAGAAACAACGCGGAAAGGUCUUGGCCUCGUGGGUGACCCGCAAACUGCGCACGAUCGCCCAGUUCAGCAUUCGCGAUUUGGACGAGAACAUAUUCGCAGACUUGCCACAACACCGCGCCAGCAGGGGCUCUAAGCCGGGCAGUAUGAUGGGCACCAGUACCCGCCGAGGAUCGACCAUGAACCUCGAGAAUGAUAUUCCUGCUGUCCCGCGAUCCCCUGCGGGUGUGGUGCUCGAGGAGACAAUCGUUCCCCAGGCGUCCUAUAAUGAAGGACAAUCCCAGCAUAUGCUGCCCGAGCUUGACACCCGUACCGAUCGGACAGCAUCUGGCACCCCUGUUCCAGAACCGUCCUCCGCUGUGCCUUACAUUGAGGAACCGCAAUCAGCUACCAUCAUGUCUGCUGAAGACAACCAUCAUUUUAACCUGGAACAUGAGCAGGACACUGGGACUCCAGGUGCGUCUCGCGAUUUCCGAUUCAGUUUCGACAUGGUUAGCACACCCAUGGAUCAUCCAGGAGGCGAGCGGCCCCCCACAGGGCGUGACUCCAUACCUAGCCAGCAGCCUGAUUUGUCCAAUGGUGGCGCCAAUGUUGCUGGUCCUGUCCAUGACAACAUGUACCGUCCAGGUACCCAAGAAAGUGGCAUCAUUGAUGACUGGCCACAAGAAGCUUUGAUGUACCAGUCCAUGGGCGCAGAUGAGCAGGACUUUGUCCGCCGACCCAGUGCUCAAAGUGCCGCGAGACAGCGCUACGAUGGCGCAGGCCACGAGUAG